GUUCAUUGUAGUUGUGCUGAAACGACUGGUUUUCGAUUACUAUUAUACCAAUAUGGCGGUACCUCAGCAGAACGGCAGUAAUGGCACUGCUGCAUACCCCACUCCCCUCAAGAAAACAGGUGUGCUGGAUCAGAAGUUCAAGCACGAGGAGACGACGCCGGUCAUCGGCCGUGAAUACUUUGAUGUCAACAUUGUGGACGACCUGCUCAAUGCGAGCGAUGGUGAUGACCUGAUUCGGGAUCUUGCAAUCACGAUCUCUGAACGCGGCGUCGUAUUCUUCAGAGCGCAAGACAAUCUCACCGACACCCUCCAGAAACAGCUCGUCCACCGUCUGGGACAACUAACCGGCAAGCCCUCCUCGUCAACCCUUCACAUCCACCCAAUGCUCAACAACACCAACGAAUUCGGCGUCGCCGACGCAGAAAUCAGCACGAUCUCGUCGCUUGCGCGGAAGAAAUUCUUCAACAAGAACACGACGCCCAACACCCGGCGGUACGACGCUGCGCAGUGGCACUCUGACAUCCAGUUUGAGCCCGUGCCCGCGGACUACACGUCGCUGCGGCUGACGCAGCUGCCGAGCUCUGGCGGCGACACGCUGUGGGCGUCUGGCUAUGAGAUCUACGACCGCUUCUCGCCGGCGUACCAGAAGUUCUUCGAGGGGCUCACGGCGGAGUUCGUGGGCGACGGCUUCAUUAAGGCGGCUGAUGCUAACCCAGAGCAUGUGAAGUUGUACACGGAUGCGCGUGGGAGCCCGCAGAAUGUGGGGAGGGAGUUGAGGGCUACGCACCCGGUUGUUAGGACGAAUCCUGUGACGGGGUGGAAGAGUAUCUUUGCGUUGGGUCCGUUCCCGAAGUCGAUUCAUGAGUUGACAGCUGAGGAGAGCGAGGAGCUGUUGAAGAAGUUCAGGAGCGUGAUUACGGAGAGCCAUGACUUGACUGUGCGGUUCAAGUGGAGGAAUAAGAAUGACAUUGCUAUUUGGGACAACCGAUCGGCAUUCCACACUGCUACGUUCGACUAUGAUGGGCUAGGCGAGCGAUUCGGAAACAGGGCGGUUGGAAUUGGCGAGGCUCCCUAUCUUGAUCCCAACAGCCAGUCUAGGACGAAGGUCUUGGAGCAAGCCGCCGGGAAAGAUCUGGUCGACAGGACCGUCAAGAAUGGUCUUGAGAAACCGGAAACUGUAUCCGCUUGAGCGAUGGAGCAGGAGCGUGUUGGAAGUAACAAUAGGUACGGAGCAAUAGCGGAUCCUGGGUGGGAUUUACGCAUAUGAUCAGAAUACUCCUGUGUAGUUCGAAAUGGCGAGAAAUCCAUGCAUUGAAUCAAUGGGCA